ACGCUGCCGAAACUCACAUGAACAAAUAAAUGGAUUUAGGUGUUUUCAGCUCAAAAUAUCAACUUCGAAACAGCUCGUGUUAGCCGAGGUUUGAUCGGGUUCGUAAUUUUCUCCAAAGCCGAUGCUCUUUUAUGAGUUUCCGAGGCCAUGAGCUCCAGCGGUCCGACCAGACAGCUGGCAGACGGACUGACUGCAGCCCCGCUGAUGCCUGAGCUGAGCCCAGAGAUGCAGAUACGGUCUGGUUUGGUCCUCCGUCUGGACUAAAGCCUCUCUGAACUGAACCCAGAGGAAGGAGCUCUGAACCAUGGAUACACCUGAGAGGUGUGCCUGUCAUGCUCGGGGCUGAGGAGGGGAGCAGCUGAGGAGAAGGAGAUGGGCUGCACCUCUGCUAAGCAGGUGUCUGCCGUGCCAAACGGUGAGGAGGGCCAGAAUAAAGCCCACAGCAACGGAGACCUCCUGUCUGAUGAGUACAAGAUGAAAGGAGUGGAAAAAGUCAAGUACAUCAGCGGAGAAGAGGCAGGAGUGGACGGCCAGGACAGCACAGAGAAAAGUGCUCUCCUGGGUAAAGGUCAACACACAGAUGAAACAGGAUCCAACGGAAAUGGAAAGAUAUUGAGCAUCCACUCCUCAGAGAGCCAGCAGGAAUUCUUCAGGAUGUUGGAUGAGAAAAUCGAAAAGGGUCGGGACUACUGCUCAGAGGAGGAGGACAUGACAUAGCCCUGUUUUCGUGCAUCCGUCAGCCGCAGUAUGAAGGAACUGUCAUUCCAGUGUUAUGGAUGGAUCACAGAAUGUGACACCAUGUCCAGGAGGACUUGUUUUGACUGUACCACAAGCCUGAGAUAAAUGGAUUACUGACUUGAAACAAGCACCUUUUUGCUGUCCCACUCACAACCCGCUCGUCUGAUCGACUCCAAGAAAGAUUACAACCAAAAUCAAAUUCUCCAAAGGGAGAGAGGGUUUAGGUUUACUUCCUCAGUAAAGCCUGUACAGGAUGAUGGAGACUCGGGAUCUAACACUUUUCUUUCCCUGCUGGGAUAAACACAGCUGUCACUGAGACUUCUCGUCAACAUGCAGACUGCUGUCGAUAUAAUUUUCUGACGGCAGAAGCAGCUAGUGCUCUCGUGGACACUCAUAAUGAAAAUACCGUCCUCGCAUCAUUCUGAAUAUUUCAUCCUUGAAUGCCUCCCUGACAAGUCAACGGGUUGGAAACUUCCUGCAUUCCAAGACACAGUACGAACCUCUUUUCUACAGUAUGUUGGCCAGUACAGUGCGUUUGUCCAUCCAUGUCUGUUUCUGUUACGAUGUAGAGUAUUUAUGUUGAAUAAGGCUCAGGGUUGAAGUGUUGUAAUCUUUGUCUCAUGUAGUUGAGUCCUUCUCUCAUUAAGACACUGUUACACCAUUAAAAAGACACUCAUGCACUCACACACCAGGGCUACCUAUGUUCCCUGCUUCAGUAUCUGUCCCAUUUAAUCCUACAAGGUGGACACUGCAACGUCACAUAUAAGUCCGAUUCUAUAUUUCCUUCACCAGUGUUAUAUUGUUGUGUUCAGUUUCUAUGUUGAAUUUUUGGUUUUCUAGAAAAAUAAAAAGUGUUUUCAGUAAUUUA